AGUCGGACUUAGAAUGGAAACUCUCUUUCCCUCAAAUUCCACUCGUAUUACUCUAGUGGUUUUCUCAGGUAAAACUCUGACCAGUCACAUGGGCAAAUUUGUCAUUUCACAAUUUCUUAAUUUUCGAUACCAAUACCCUCUUCCACCCACAGCUAUAGGCUAUAGCUGCCUCAUAACCCAGUUUGAGUUAAACUAGCUUCCUCAUAACCAUUCCGAAAGUAAGAAAAGAAGAGAGAGAAGAAAAAAAAAGGGGCAGUUUUUAGGGAGAAAAAGAGAAGAAUGUGAAAGGCAUUGUCUAAACGUACUCUCGUAUUAGAAUACAGUCAGCACAAAGUUUAAGGCGCCGGUCUUCCUAUUAUCAUCUCACUGUCACUGUUUCUACUUAACUUGGUUAUAUAUUGGUUGAAACCACGUCGUACACAGUUGAGGCUAGCUCGUGCUGCGGGAAGAGUUAAAUAUAUAUAUAUAUAUAUAUAUUUAUAGAAAGAAAUUAAAAUAGGAUGUUAGACUAUGAAUGGGGAAGAGUGUCUGCGAUGAUGCUCACGGGCGAAGAGCAGGAACACCCUCCUGGAUCCGACCCUAACCGACACCACAUUCUCGACAACUACGCUAACGCCGCCGCUGCUCAGACAGCUUUCAGCGACAACCUCUUGGCUCCUCAGCUCGGAACAAACGGCUCCACCUUCGCUAACCACCACUUCAACACUACAGCUACGCAUAAUCAGAAUCACCACCAUCAUCACGAUUCCCAACACCAAGUCCACUCUACCCACCACGUCCACCCAUCGUUGUACGACCCACGCUCCUACCCUAGCGCGUCUUCCUACGCGCCGCAACACCCGUCGAUGCUUUCCCUCGACACCGUACUCGGUGGGGGAGGAGGAGGAGGAGGCGGCGGGCACGGUGGAUCGGGUGGGUUCAUGUUGGUGCCCAAGAGCGAGGACAUGUGCCGUCCGCCGGUGGAUUUCUCAUCAAGAAUUGGACUGAAUUUGGGUGGACGAACUUAUUUCUCUUCGGAGGACGACUUCAUGAGCAGGCUGUACCGGAGGCCCAGGCCGCUUGAUCCAGGCUCCGCCCACUCACCUAGGUGCCAGGCCGAGGGAUGCAAUGCUGAUCUUUCCCACGCCAAGCACUACCACCGCCGCCACAAGGUCUGCGAGUUCCACUCCAAAGCUUCUACCGUCAUUGCAGCUGGGUUGACUCAGCGAUUUUGCCAGCAGUGCAGCAGAUUCCAUAUCCUUUCUGAGUUUGAUAAUGGGAAACGCAGUUGCCGGAAGAGAUUGGCAGAUCACAAUCGUCGCCGGCGAAAAACUCAGCAGCCAAUUAAUCAAGAAAAUCCCAACCAGUCUUCACAACCCGAUUCAAAUACCCGACAUCCAUCUUUAGAUAACGUUUCAAGAUCCCCGCCGGAUUCUGGAGCUCAAUCUACGUCGUCAGUUACUGUGACACUGUCGCCUCCUCGAAUUUCUCUUGAUUGUUUUCGGCAAAGAUCAUACCAGACGACUACAGCUUCUUCAGGAUCAUCAAGCUCACUCUUUUUCUCAAGUGGGUAGAAAAAAAGAAUAAAUAAAAACAAGGGACCGGAUCAAGUAUAUCUACGUACGUACGUAUGGGCUUAAAGUAGGUUCCAACUUUUAUGGAGGAUUUUAGCCAAAUAACAUCUGUUUUAAGUCAUAUCUAGUCUUAGUUUUCGGUGAAUUUAAGUUUGAGUCUAAUGGAGCUUAAUUAUGAAGUCUUUCUCUUUUUUUCCUUUUGUGUUUUUUUUUCCUUGAGAUGGAAUGAAAUUCCGAAUUGCCCUUUUCCGCUCACCUAUGAUCAAUGUAUGUUGGAAAAAAAAAUUGGAGAGGCGUGAAAAUGUUAUUAAUGUAUUGGAAAAAUUGGAAGUUUUCCAAUGUAAGGAUCUGUUUGGUUUCAGAGAAAAUUGUGGAAGGCACGGGUGGUUCAAGGUC